AAAUCAUUAAAGAUGAAUGUCUGGUUCAUAACAGAAGAAAAAAAAACAUUUCUUCAGUUGAAAUUGAAGUCCAAUAAAACAGUAAUAAUGAUUUUUCGGUCGUUAAUAAAUGUAUUAGGCGGGAUUUCCCAUGCAAAAAAAUUGGUAAAUUAUAUCACUGCCAGAAAAUUCGCUUCACAAUCAGAUCUCUCGCUCUCUAAAAAAAUUGUUUUCUGAUGAACACAAUCCCUUUCUCUAAUUCAUUUCCGUAGAUUGAUUCGUACGCAUACAUUGAUGGGUUGGCGUGUGAAAAUAAUAUAGGUAAAUGGGCUCCGACGAAAAAUCAAAUUCCGACAGUAUUUCCGGCGAUAUAGCCAUGUCGAUCUCAGGGCUUCAUACAAAGCAUCGACGAGAAUUAGAAAACUUGACACUGAGCUCUCAGCCUUUCCAGACACUAAAGCUUUUCAUUCUUGCUGUUAGAGAAUAUCUCGGAAAAUCAGUUGUUUAUCUAUUGUCGCAUCGCAAUUGGUUUAUUCCGUUGAGUUCUAUUAUUUUGAUAACUUGUACACUACUUCUCACUGUUGAUGGUCCUCAUGAAAAGCAUGUUGAGGAAGUUAUCCAUUACGUUCGAUUUGGACUGUGGUGGGUUGCUCUUGGUGUUGCAUCUUCGAUUGGACUUGGAUCUGGAUUGCACACGUUUGUUCUAUACCUUGGACCCCACAUCGCCUUAUUCACUAUAAAAGCAAUACAAUGCGGCCGAACAGACAUCAAAAGUGCUCCAUACGAUACAAUACAGUUGAAAGCGGGUCCCACGUGGCUCGGAAAGGACUGUGCUGAGUUUGGUCCCCCGUUUUUUGAGUCAUCGAACGGUGUAAAGAUUCCCCUUAGCAGCAUUUUGCCUCAGGUCCAGCUGGAGGCUAUUCUGUGGGGUCUCGGUACUGCCCUCGGCGAACUUCCCCCCUACUUCAUUUCAAGGGCAGCUCGUUUGUCGGGCAGUACGGUGAAUGCAAUGGAAGAAUUGGAUGGUUCCUCAGCAGAAAACGACGGGCGUAUAUCAUCUCAACUAAAUAAAACCAAGCUUUGGUUCCUUUCUCACGCGCAGUAUUUGAACUUCUUCACAAUUUUAGUUCUUGCUUCGGUACCUAAUCCAUUAUUCGAUCUUGCGGGAAUAAUGUGCGGACAAUUCGGAAUCCCUUUCUGGGAAUUCUUUUUCGCCACUAUUAUAGGCAAAGCUAUUAUCAAAACUCAUAUACAGACGGUUUUUAUCAUAUGCGUAUGCAACAACCAACUUCUUUACUGGAUCGAAAACGAGCUACUUUGGGUGCUUAGUUCUCUACCUGGUUUCAGUUCAAUCAUACCAAGCCUUAUUACGAAGCUUCAUUUGAUGCAAGACAAGUACUUAGCCACUAAACCUAAUAAUAUCCCUUCAAAUGUCGAGGUGAAGAAAUGGGAUUUUUCGCUUGCUUUAGUUUGGAAUACUGUGGUUUGGAUCAUGCUAUUGAAUUUUUUCGUUAAGAUUGUGAACUCGACUGCGCAAAGGUAUUUAAAGAAGCUGCAAGAUAAGGAAAUCGAUGCCGUGAAGAACAAGUCGGACAACCCUACUGAGAAUUCUUCUAGAUGAAUUUAUAUGUUCAUUAUUUUCCUGUUUUCAUUUUAAAUUUUAUUUCUACUCUCUUUUUUUUUAAUAAUAUUUUUUUAUAAUUAUAAUAGGAUGAGGUUUUGCAUUUGGAAGCCCACAUGUCAAAACUUGUACAUAAGGAAUACAAAAUUUAAGCUAUUUGUUGCCAUGAAAGAGCUUUGUGUAACUAAUUUUUGGGCAAUAAAAGAAACAUUAUUAUGUAUUUUA